AUGACAGGGAGAGAAGAGACGAACGAAAUGUCCAAAGUCAAAGCCGUAACUCCGUGUUUCGGACUCGACAAACCACGUGUGAACGGAUCCGGAUUUCGUUCCAAAGGUUUCGCCAUCACCGACCUCCUGGGACUCGAACCGGACCUGCAGCCACAUCGCAACGCCCCUGGAUCUGGCGACAGUGCUGAUGGUCAAAGCACGGGGUUUGGGGAUCAAAGCACGGGGAUUGGGGGGUUCUCGUUCCCCGGUGGCUCUCUACCGCUCGGGUUGGGGUUUCUGUGCAGUUUGGCGGUCCAGCAGCCCCCGGGGCCCCGCUGCUUUCUCCCAAACAUCCCGCUCCUACAGGCCCGGACAGAGAGCCACUUUAUACCAACUAUGGAUGGGCAGCGGGACGCAUAUUCCGAUGACGACUCUCUCUCCGGUGACCGUCAUGACGGGAAAAGCUCGGGGAACUCUCAGAAACGCAAGAAACGCAGGCACAGGACGGUGUUCACGUCUCAUCAGCUGGAAGAGCUCGAGAAGGCCUUCAUUGAAGCUCAUUACCCAGAUGUUUACGCACGGGAAAUGCUCGCAAUGAAGACGGAGCUGCCCGAGGACAGGAUACAGGUUUGGUUCCAGAACCGGCGGGCUAAGUGGCGGAAGCGCGAGAAAUGCUGGGGGCGCAGCAGCUUGAUGGCGGAGUAUGGCCUGUACGGCGCCAUGGUGCGCCACUCCAUCCCUCUACCGGAGUCCAUCAUCAACUCCGCUAAGAACGGCGCGGUGGCCUCGUGCGCACCCUGGCUUCUGGGAAUGCACAAAAAAUCAGUAGAAAUGGGAAGAAAGUCUCCGGGGACGCCUGAACCCGCGCACUGUGAACCGCAUCCCGAGGAGACAAAUGGCAACGACAGCGACAUCGUGUGGUCAAGCCGAGCAACUACAAGAGACGACUCUGAGGACGUGGCGAUGGAUUUAUCCAGCACAUCUAAACAAGAGACCAAAAGCACUUUGAACGUUUCGCCUCGCCACAAUGAACCCAGCAACGAUUCCGAAAACGAGCAGUGAAAAUGUAACUCUGUAUAUAGACCGAAAGUGGAGAUUGUGGAUAAACGGAUAAACAAAACGGACCUGUGAUCAUAAAUAAAACGGACUUGUUU